AUGUUCCAAGUUUCCAAUGACAUCCAACAGCUAACCAAGUGGCCUUGGGAGGAAUCUCAAAAAUUCAAUGAAUAUGUUCAAAAUAUUGGAGUCUUUCUGGACACAGCUGAGAUUCAUACUGGAGUUGACUCUCUAUCGAAGAAUGUCACACAAUCUUUUCUUAAGGAACUAUCUGAUGAUGGCGGCAAUACAUCAAAGAAAACUCCAACUUCUCCAAAGUCUCCUUCAAAGAUUCCCAGUUCUUAUCCAAAUUCUCGAAAGUCUCUGCCCAAGAACCCAAGUCCUCCUCUGAAGUCUCCACCUAAGAUACCAACGCCUCCGAACUCCCAUCUUAAUGAAAGGAUUCCUAUUCGAGAUCUUAAGAAAAAGGUUGAUGAAGAAGAAGAAGUCCCUCAUACAGAAAUUUUUUCUUCGUUUGAUGAAGAUGAUGUAGAAACCAAAGCACAAUAG